UUUCUCUCUCUUCCUUCCCGCUUACAAAAUCUCACACCCUUGACCUUUCCAUCCAUCUCCUGGGCUCAACUCCCACGCCUCACCUACUCCCACUUCGAGUCGCGUCGCGCCUCGUCUUCGGUUCUCUCUUUCGCCAUGGCGUUCUUCUCGUCGCUGGCGGCGGCGAUCGACUCCUACACGGGCCUGUCCCCCGCCGCCUUCUUCACCAUCGUCGCCCUCAUGGUCGGCGCUUACCGCCUCGUCUCCGCCUUCUUCGUCUACCCUGACGAAGAAUCCGCCGCCAAGAGAUCUCUCGCCCCGCAGAUGCCUCCGCCGCCGGAGGCGUUCUCGCCGCCGCCCCAACCUGUCCAACUGGGGGACAUCACCUUGGAGGACCUGAAGGCGUACGACGGAUCCGACCCCAACAAACCCCUCUUGGUGGCGAUCAAGGGUCAGGUUUACGACGUCUCUAUUGGAAGGAGAAGGGAUUUCUGGAAAAGAGUGGUCCGGGCGCUCGGAGGUCCGAGCGCUCGAGAGGGACCCAGGCUCCCGGAAUGCAAAAUAUAUCCGCAACGUCAUUUCGCCACGUGGAGCAUCCUGGUUGGGUCGGCUACGUCAUAUUCAGGGCGCCCUGGAAGUUCCAAGCGCCCUAAACCUCCUAUAUAAGGAGGGUAAAGGCUGAAGCUCAAGAUAACAACAAAACAACUCACGAUCUGCUCUUCUGCGCUCCUGCGACGCUGCUAAAGCUCUCCGAUAAAUUGUUAGUUUGUUUGUAAUUUGUUUAUUGUCGGUUCUUUCAUUCUCUAAUAAUUCUUGUUUUGUAAUCUACAUUUCGAAUUAUUAGUGAUUGUCCAUUGAAA